CUUGAUAUUUAUUUCAGUCAAAUUUAAGAUUUCUAAUCAAAGUGUUUAACGUGCCGGAAUUACUUUCAAACGAAUUGACGCAAUCGCGAACAAAUAAUUACGAAUUUCUGUUUCAAAAUUAACAAAAAAAAAAAAAAAUAACAAAAAAAGAAGUUGCAGUGAAAUUGUCUGUCAUGAAGUUAAUCGAUGUUUUUAUUUAUUUGAUAGCAAUUCUAAUCUUUCUUUAUCUAUUGUUGGACUAAAUUUUUCAAUUCAUUUCCUUUCAAUACGCGAAUAAUUUGCACUCCAAUCCCUACAAUAUAUACAAUCAUUUAAAAUCGUUAGAAGAUAAAGUGAAUCGUGUUGCUUAAUAUAUAUUCUCUUUCAAUUCUCUCAUCAUCUGUAAAUAUUUUAUAGUUCACUAUGAAGCUUUACUUGCUUUGCGUUAUAAUUUCUUGUUUCAUAUGUUUGUCGGUUGAAGAGCCCAGUUCGGGGAAGUACGCAUCUCACUUAUACAAGACGCCUUAUAAGAUGCCAAAGGCUCUUAUGUAUCCCCAAAAAAAACUAAAGGCACUAGUCGUGCAAAUACGUAGCGAUCAUCCAGUACCGAUUGUUUUAAAGGGCCGACCACAUCCAGGGCAUGCGCGUAGCCAUAGCCAUGUUCAUCAUCACAUAAAUGCUGCUAAUAUGCAUAUUAGAGGUUAUAGGCCAUUGAAAUUAACCGGACCUUUAUAUACGAAAAGUUCGGCCAUGUUUUAUAAGCCGAUGAAGUUGAAAUUAACCAAUUCGAAGCUGAAAUCCAAAUUGAAACCCGUACAUAAGCCGGCGACCAGUUACGAUGUACCUUUUAAAUAUGAAAUACCAAAUAAGGAAAUCUAUAGCAGUAACGAGAUCCAAAGUUUACCGUUGGAGUCCCAUCCGACUUUUAUAUCUGAUCAUUUCGUACCAAUACACACAAUACCUGCCCCUAAUUUAGCCAUACAAGACAAUCAUAUUGCUCAAGCAGAGGAAAUCACUUCAACACAACCUCUAUUAGAAGCUCAAGUCAAUCUUCAGAACGAAAAUACCUAUCAAGUCGUAGAAGAUAAUACAAACGAUAAAACAAUUGUGAAUUCGUUGACAGGAUCACAGAAAUUGUAUGCGCCUGAUCCGGAUCCGUCAUUGCCAGUGGCUCAUAUUGAACCGGCCACUGAACCUUUUAACCGACCUAGCAUAAAUAAACCCUUGCCGGUCGAUGUACAAAGCAAUCAUUUGCCGGUAGCGCAACCUUUAGUGCAAAUUUUGGCAAUUGAUUCAGCGAAACAAUUCAUUCCCAAUGUCUAUCCUCUGCAAUAUACGCAAGACAAUCAAUUGCAAGUUUCGUUACCGGGAACAGCAGCUCCCGUCCAGGCCGUUCCUAUACCCAUCUACAAUCCUACCUAUCUUGUAGCGCAAUCUAAUCAUUUAUAUAACCAACACCGGCAACAACUGUUUAAACCAUCGUCGGCUAUAAAUGCUGUACCCGAUCUGGGCUAUGCAAACGCUGACAUGACGCAGGAGAUAGCUAGUGAUGGGCAAAUUUUGCAAGCUGCAAAAGAUGAGAAUAACAAUUUAAAUGCAGUAUGGAAUACUGCUCCUCAGUACGCCGCAUUGAUCGCGGCUCCCGCCUUGGAUAAUGAACAGGACGUGGAAAAGGCAUCGUUCCGACUACAUAAUGCCGCUCAACCUACAACGAAAUCAAAUUUCAUAAUUUCGAAUUAUUACGACAAUUCUCAACAGGAUUCUUCCCAACUACUUCAAGCGUACGCGGAAGAAGAACAGGCUGCUGCUCAGAGACAUCAACAAAAACUUUACAAUGAGUUGCAGCAGCAGCAGCAGCAGCAACAACAGCAGCAUCAUCUAAUACAACACCAGGCAAAUAAGCAAAAACCAAUAGAUGCGACUACUGCUUUUCAAGAGCAUGAACGUUUAGUUAAACAACAAUUGGGAGAGAGCACACCGCUUCGCAUUUUUGUGCCCGACGAUGAAGAAGCACGCCUACAAAAACGCUCUAAUAACCUAGUCAAAGGAACUGUCGAGGAUGUUAAUAACAUGCAACUUGCUAAUAGUGAGCAUCAACAGGAAGAUGAUUUAUAUGAAGUCUCUUCGUCAAUGGAUGUCUCAAACGGUGAAAACGCUACGGUCAAAGCAUUACUCGAUAAAUCCAUUUGAAAUCAUACUACAUCUAUGCAAAUGCUU